UUUCUCCAGGUGGCAGCACUGCACAUUACAAUAACCAGCCCUGCCGUAAACAUGUUAGAAGAAGAUAAACCGGAUGUUUUGGGGACCAGCUGGCUAAGACGAAAAAUGUCAAAAAAUAAUAAAAAGAAAAAGAGACACAGGUCGUCUUCAUCUUCAAGUGAGGAAAAAAGGGGUUCAACCAGCCAACAUGAUGUGCACAGAAGGAAAGUUCAUAAAAGAAAGAAAGAUGAAGCAGGUCAUAAGAGCCGCACAAAUGAACAGAAAAAAUCAGAUCAACAUGAUUCCUCCAGCUCUCGCAAGGAUAAAAAGCCUGUUUACAGGCUGUUGGCAACAAAAGAAGAAGAGCAGAGAGCCCCUCGUAAAGAAGAGCAACCUAAAAACUGUGAAUUUGUGCAAUUACAUGGGGAAGGCUGCUCCAGUACAGCCAGUGAAAUUAAAACCGUGGAAAGGGAACAGUCAAACCCCGUUAAGACAACGAAACAGUCAAAGGCCGUUAAGACAUGCUGUGCAGUUUUACUUAAUGAGACAACAGAGAAGACAUUGAAAGACAAGUCAGGUAAAAGGUGCUCUCCGGCCAGCUAUUCCAAAUUAAAAAAUCCACAAAUGAGUCACAAGUUAGAUGCUGCUGAACACAGAGACCACAGGCUUGGCUUAGAGAGGAAGAUUGGAUCACCUAGGGAAUCUUCAACGACCACAUAUGACAGCAGCAGUAUUAAGACCCGAGAACCCACCUCCUUUCAUUGCAUGGAUUUUCCAAAACGAGGCAGCACGAAGCACGUCCACAACACAAGGGAAAACCAUCAGUAUAACAGGAGCAAUUGUAUGGAUUCAAAAAAAAACCCUACCGCUGUCACAGUGAAGUCUUGCAUUUCACCCAUGCCCUCUAUGUCAGGGACAAAUCCAACGAAGUGGAGGAGGUUCACUUCAACCCCUGAGAACAACACAUCGGCAUCAUCUAAAGCCAAGCAGCCACGAUGCACCCCGAAACAAACAGAUGUUCUAAAAUUUUUGCCUUUUAAAUUCAGGAUACCAAGAAAGGUUCAGACUGGACCUGCACACAGCUCAGGUGGAACUAAUAAUACUGUUUCUUCAAACCAAAACCUCAAGCUUAAGGGUGACAAUGGUGGCUCUAGAGUUGUGUUGGAGAAAGCUGAGCCAGGAACUGUGAAACCUGGCAGACGUUUGGCCGGUCCCUCUUAUUCUCCAUGUAAAGAGCAAAGUAAGACAUCACCUUUGCCUGACCUGCUCCCAUCUGAGCAUCCACCUGCAGGAGAUGCAAACUGCGAGCAAUCAUUUGAUCAGGGUCAAGUGGUUGAAGAGCUUCAUCUUGCUCGGUCUGAGAAAAGGCUGGAGGUAAAUGUGAUGCAGAGCUAUGGUGAACUCACUGGUAUGGACAUAGAUUUUCCUGAGGACGGAGCAACAGAGAUGCUUUGCAGGGAGCCCAAACAGAAAACCCUAAUCCUUGUUCUGGACACCAAUGUUCUCCUCAGUCACUUGGAUUAUGUGAAGAAAAUCCGAUCUUGUGGCCUUGAAGCCUUGGGUUUUCCUGUUGUCCUGAUACCCUGGGUGGUUCUCCAAGAGCUGGAUUCCCUUAAAAAUAGAAAAGGUCUGUCAGGGUCUGUGGCCCACCUUGCAGCUCCUGCCAUCUCAUUCAUUUAUACAUCUCUAAAGAAGCGGGACCCCCACCUAUGGGGACAGUCCAUGCAGCAGGCCACUCAGAUCAGCAGAUCCCCAGAUGGUCUGAAUACUGAGAAUAAUGAUGACAGAGUGCUGCAGUGCUGUCUGCAGUACCAGAAUAUGUACCCAGAGUGUGCUCUCAUCUUAUGCACUAAUGAUAAAAACCUGUCCAGUAAAGCUCUUCUGAGUGGAGUGAGGGCUCUUAGCAAAGCUGAUUUGGAGGCAAGGGUCAGGAGGUCCAGACAAGGCCAUCAUUUCCUUCAGAGCAUUCAGUCUCCAGUUCUGUGUCGUUUUAACCACAGCGCCUCAUCUCCAUCGUUGAGCGCAAGCUACACACCAGUCCGGCCUCCUAUUCAGGAUAGCGUAGGUGUUUCCGUGCCCACCCCAGAGAAAGAUCCAUUUAUAAAUACCCCACCACUGAAAGAAGGAGUCUGUAAGGAGGCAGAAUGGGACCUUAGCGGAUAUCUUUGCGAACUAGAAGAUUGUCUGCGGGAUGUGCUGUCUGAAGUGUUAGAAACUGAAAUGAAGGCGGCUUACGAUGAUCUCUGGCUAGAGAUUGUUUACAUAAAACCACCCUGGAGUCUUCAAGAUGUCUUGCAGUGUUUCAAAAAGCACUGGAUCGCUGUCUUUGGACAUAUUGUCCCUCGGAAGAUGUCUGAAACUGUGGCAAACCUCAUCAACUUCUUUAGCUCAGGUGAAACAGUAUCAACUUUAGCGUUUCUCCAGGAAACUGAGGAGUUAGUGAAGGCAUUUGGGAAAAGUUCAAAACAUGUCCCUGAUGCCAUCACUGUGAUUGAAAAUAUUUUGAACAAGCUACAAUCACAGCAGCAUGUGUCUGCGGAGCAACAGUUGUCCGCUGGGGAUGUCGUCAUGAAUGAUGACGAUGAUGUCGAUAAGCAGCCUGCAUCGGUUCACGUCUCUCCGCAGGAAGUGUGGGCUGUGUUUGAGAAUAUCUGGUCUCAGGUGUACCAAACAAGUUUGGAAGUGUUCAAAGCGCUCUGCUUUGACCCUCACACCAUGCAGGCUGCGACACCGAUCGGGCGUCCUCCACCACCGCAGGAUGCCUUGGCCUGUUUGCACAGACUGUCCUCCAUGGUUUCACAGCUGCUGCAAGCAUUCAGCAGGGUCUUGUCUUCGACUCCGGGUUUAGAGGAAGUCCAGACCAUGCUCAGUGUGAUCUACUCUAAUAAGCUUGUCAGUGAAGAUGCCAGAUUAACAACUAAAGACCUUCUGGGUUGUUUCUCCCAACCAGACUACAGGGAGAAGCUGAGGGUUGGAGGCAACCAGUUGCUGGAGCUAAAAAAGGCCUUGGAUGGUUGUGUUCAGACCACAGGGCAGAACUUUGCCUUCACCAACCAGUGCUGAUGAAACUCAGGGUCCCACUAACAACAACCACCCAGGCGCCUGAACCAGGGUGGUCCAACUCAGGUUCAACCUGUUCCUUGAAUUAAAAAUUUAAGGCAAUUCUGUUCUGGACCAUUUUUUCACAUUUCCCUACUCUAUAAACAUCUUCUCUGUAACAGAAACAGUGCUGUUUUUUAAGUUAGCAGGUGUUUAAAGAUGGUUUGUAAUAAUUCUUGAGGUUUAUUUCACUUUUUAUUGUGGACUACAUCAGAUUGUUCUUGUUCUAGUUUGUAGGUUCAGGUCAACAGUGAUUUUUCUAUCAUGUAUUUUAGAGGCUUCUCAUGUUUUAGGUAAAAUAUAAAAAAAUAAGUCAGCUAAAUAUAACAUUUUAGCUCUCAUGUAUGUAUUUAAUAGUAUUCUUGGACCGGACAAAUGUGUGAUGAAGCAGCACUGUGAAGCUCUUUUUUUUUAUUUUUGGUUUUAUGUAUGGCUGAUUAUUUGUGAUUGUUGUAUUGUUUUUAUGGCAGGGCCUUAUUUAAAAUGAACCUAUUUUAACACUAAUAUUAUUUUAUGCAUGUGUGUUGCUUUAUUUCUUAAAUGAAACAAUGGGAGCUUGCCAUAAAACCUUCUUCCAAAGCAAUACUAAAUGCCAUAAAUAAACUGUGUUUAAUACUUGCUGCGCCUUGCAAAAGUAUUCAUUUUUUCAUGUUACAACCACAAAGUUCAAUAUAUUUUAUUGCAGUAGCCCAGUAGCCCACAGUUGGCAUGGUGUGUUUAGGUUGUUGUGUAGGUCAGAAAGUAAAGUUUCAGUCUGACCGGACUGUCUUCUUUGACAUAUUAGUUGAGUCCCCCACAUGGUGUACCAAACUUUAAACCGGAUGCCUUAUGCCUUUCCUUUUGCCACUCCUCCAUAAAGGCCAAAUUUGUGGCAUGGAUGACUAAUAGUUGUCAUGUUGACAGAUUUUCCCACCUGAGAUAUGGAUCUCUGCAGCUCCUCCAGAGUCAAAAGGGCCUCUUGGCUGCUUGUCUGAUUAGGGCUGUCCUGUCAAUGAAGGUGGACGUCCAUGUUUGGGUAAGUGUGCAGUUCUGUCACACUCUGCAGUUUUUGAUGAAGGAUUGAACAGUGCUCUGUGAGAUGUUAAAAGCUUGAGAUAUUCUUUUUUUAUUAUCAGAAGCCAACUGGUUGAUUUUAUUUGGUGAAAUACAUAAGUUUCCUCCCACUUUUCAAUUAUCUAUCACAGAAUAGAUACCCAAAUAAAAUAAACUGAAGCUUGUGGUUGUAGUGUCAAAAUGUGAAAAAGUUCAAGCGGUAUUAAUACUUAUGCAAGGCACCACGUAUCUCUCACCCCCAGGGAAACAGAUAUGUUUGAAUUUUAUGAUGACUUCCUGCCAGAUAUCCAGUAAAUGGCAAAUUCAAUGAAGUAACUAUAAUCCAGCUUUGCAAUAGCCGUGACAUGAGCUGUUUUUGUUUUAUUUUCUGCCAGUUAUUUUUUCCGACUGUAUAAGAUAUUGUCCUAACCUGGAGCGUGUUGUUUAUGAGUUUGAUCUGGAUUUGUCCUCAUCAGUGUUAAUGUCGGCCUCUUUAAGAGAAGUGUCAACGGUGUGUAAUUUCUAGGUGUGUAAAGAAUUAAAAAAUAUUUUAGUUUGUGGGCUGCAUGGUGGUGCAGUUGGUAGCACUGUGGCCUUGCAGUAAGAAGGCCCUGGGUGAGAAUCCCAAAUCAAUUAUUCAGACGGCCAAAUAAAUUGAACGUUUAUACACAAACCUUUAGUGUAAAUGAAUCAACACAGACGAAACGCCUUCAAGAAAAAUGAAUAAGUAUGCUUUGAAAUAUUUUUUCUUUCAAACCAUUAGAUUUCUGCUGCUUUAAAAGACUGGAGGACCAAAGAAAAGCCCAAAACAAACAACUGGCUUGUUAGUUUGAAGACUGAAGUUACUGAUGGGAUUGUGCCUUAAGAAGUAAAGAUUUUUUAAAUAUUUACAGGUUUGCAUUAACAACCAUUGUGCCAAAGAAUUAUAUUAUAUAUUUUCAUCAAGGCUGUGUGCAUAAUAAAAUGUGUGUAUAUAUAUAUAUAUAUGUUUUUUUUCUUUACAGUUCUAAAUAAAUAAUAUUCCUAAACUCA